CCAUAUAAAAGCUACCAACUGGACCCUUGUCAAACAAGAGGAAAACGAGGAAUGGAUCACAUCAUGAAAAUUCCUUGCCAACUGUGUUUUUUUACAGGUCUGGUGCUUGCAGUUCACGCAGGACCAAUAUCACAGCUCACUGCUACAGAUGAAGUCACUGUAGAGAACUACCUGAAGCAGUUCUACAAUCUCACAGAUGAGGUUCCUGGUACCUUCUGGCGAGGAGGCAGUCAAAUGAGUGAGAAGUUGAGAGAAAUGCAGAAGUUUUUUGGGAUGAAUGUGAGUGGGACGGUGGACAAAGAGACGCUUGAGAUGAUGAAGAAGCCUCGCUGUGGAGUACCAGAUGUUGCUGCAUACUCCACGUUCGGAGACGGCCUCAAAUGGCACACCAACAAGCUCACCUACAGGAUUGAGAACUACACCCCUGAUCUGUCAGUAGCUGAGGUAGAUGAAUCCAUGGAGAAAGCCCUGCUGGUCUGGGCCAAAGUCACUCCUCUGAGAUUCACCCGUAUCAACAGCGGCAUAGCUGACAUUAGGAUCUCCUUUGGAACAAGAUUUCAUGGUGACUCUUUCCCAUUUGAUGGACCACAAGGCACUCUGGCCCAUGCUUUCGCUCCCUCUCCUGGAAUUGGCGGAGAUGCACAUUUCGAUGAUGAUGAGUUUUUCACCUUCCGUUCAUCACGAGGGUUUGUCCUGUUCUUGGUUGCUGCCCAUGAGUUUGGUCACUCUUUGGGACUUUCUCAUUCCAACAUUCCCGGGGCUCUGAUGUAUCCCACAUACAGCUUCAGGAAUGUUGAGACCUUCUCUCUGCCCUCCGAUGACAUCAGAGGAAUCCAGUCUCUCUAUGGCCCGAACAAAGAUGGAACCCCAGACAAACCUGAUCCAAAACCACCCACAACUCCUGACGCUUGUGACUCUAACUUGAUCUUGGAUGCAGUUACAACAAUGAGGGGAGAAAUGAUGUUCUUCAAGGACAGUUUCUUCUGGCGUAGUUCUCAGGGCAGAGUUGAGAAAAAUCAAAUCAAGAGUUUCUGGCCCAAAGUCCCAGAUAAUAUAGAUGCAGCUUAUGAAAGCCCAUUGCAGAAUACAGUUUUCCUAUUCAAAGGUAGACAAUUCUGGGCCUUUCUGGGCAACAGUGUCAAAGCUGGGUAUCCCAAGACUCUCAGCAUCAUGGGUCUGCCAUCAUCUGUGAGAAGACUUAGUGCUGCCGUCUACGACCAAAACUCUGGGAAAACAUUGCUCUUCGUUGGUAGAUAUUACUACAGUUAUGAUGAGAAAACAAGGAGGAUGGACCCAGGGUAUCCUCAGCGAGUGGAAGAUGGAUUUCCAGGGAUGAUUGGAGAGGUUACUGCAGCCCAUCAGUUCAGAAGUUCAAUUUAUCUCUACAGUGGGACAAACAUAUAUGAAUUCAUCAGCAGGCGGAGGAGGCUCUUCCGUGUGCUUAAAAACAAUUACUUCCUGCCCUGUUAGGACAGCUUCUAUGAAAACCAAUAAUGUGGAAUGUAAAUUAAGUAUUUUAAAACUGAAGCACUUAUUUAAAUGUAUGUGCACAUAAAGUGUUUUUAUACCAAUUAAUUGUUCUGUGUAUCUCUUCAACCUGCUUUUCAAAGUUGUCACUGAACAUUUUUUUUUGUAUUAGCUAAUAAUAAUAAUAAGAAGAAGAAGAAGAAGGAUGUAUAUUUACAGAAUGGUUUUAUAUUGUUGACUAUUUUUGAUUAAAAUAAGUCCCUAAUAAAUUUAAGAGUCUAUGACAAUAUGUUAAUUAUGAAAAUUAAGAAUGGAUUUUGGGGAGAUACUUUUUCUUAAAAAAAUUUUUUUUUACAUUUUUUUGCCUUAAAAGGAAUGUUCCGGGUUCAGUACAAGUUAAGAUCAAUCAACAGCAUUUGUGGCAAAAUAUGGAUUUGUGCCUAGUUUAUUUUUAUUUAAAAAAAAGUGCAAAGAUCGCAGUUACAGCAAGCCACUUACAAUGGAAGUGAAUGGGGCCAGUACAUAAAUAUUAAAAUACACUCUGUUUCAAAUGUAUAGCUACAAAACAUAAGCAUUCUACUUUUACAUUAUUUUCUUGUGUUUUAUUGUGAUAGGAGGGAUUACGGGAUUGCAGGGUUUACAGGCAUUAUGUCGUCAUGACAACAAAGUUGUUAUAUUUUAUAUAACUUGACACAAAUUGAAGUUAGUAAGCGAUUUUAAUCACACAAAUGGAAAACUAAGGGAUUUAUUAUUAUUGUUAUUAUUAUUAUCAAAAAUUGCUUAGAUUCCAACUGUAUUACAGUGGAGAAGUGUAAAAAGAAGGUAAAAAAACUCACAAUAUAAGAAAGAGCUGUAUGUUACGGUUGAUAUUGUAUGAAAUGUUUCUCCAUAUGAGCUUUGAAAUGGCUGAUUUUCUAUAUGUCUUGCCAUGACCUAUUGUUUGUCAAAUAUAAAAAAGUAUUUUUAA